AUGUCGGGCAGGAAGAAGGUUCCCCGUCUCGCCGCGCCGCCGCCGACUCCGCAGGCCCAGGCUGGCCUGUACCAAGACGACGAGCCUUUGUGGCAUCUGAUCGGCCGGAUCGCCGGGGCCAGACAUUUCCACCAAGCGACGUCACUCACCACUGCUCUCCAUCUCGCCGCGCCGCCGCCGACCGCGUACGCCCAGGUCCAGGUCGGCGCGUACCAUGACGACGAGCCGCUGGAGCGUUGUGCUGCCGCCGGGGCUCAGGCGCAGGCGCCGGCAGCCGACGGCGGGCUGGUCCUCAAGACGCAGUGCGAGUUCCCGGGCGCCGGCCGACGUGGCCAGCAUGAACGUCGGUACAAGAACGUCGUCGCCAGCAUGAUCCUUCUCUCCGACGGCGGAGACACGUUCCUCGCGCCUGCAGGCAUGUAUUGGAACGGCAGGACGUCGUUCCUGCCACCCCCGAAUCGCACAGCCAACGAUUACAUGACGCUCGUGCCGCUUUUGUUCACGCACGCCGACACCCGGCCCGGGCCGGUCCACACUUUUGGUUUCGGCGCCGACAACGACGCCCUGGCCAUGCACACGAUCGCGGAGGCCACCGGCGGCACCUUCUCCUUCAUCGAGAACCAGGCGGCGAUCCAGGACUCGUUCGCGCAGUGCAUCGGCGGGAUCCUCUCGGUCGCCGUGCAGGAGGCGCGCAUCGCCGUGACGUGCCUGCACCGGGGCGUGCGCGUCCAGGGGAUCCAGUCCGGCUGCUACGGCAACCACGUGGGCGACGAUGGCCGUGCCGCCUCCAUCGACGAGGAGAGGCGCUUCUUGGUGCUGGUGCACGUGCCGAGAGCCCGACCCGUGGAGUCGGUCACCCGCCUGGUCAAGGUGAGCUGCACCUACAAGGUCGCCGCGACAGGGCAGGCGGCCCAAGCCGCGGCACCGGCGGCGGUGAUCCAGAGGCUGUUGGAGCUGGAGCUCACCGAAGCGCCCCCUCCGUCCAUUGACGUGGAGCGGGAGCGCGUCCGCCUUGCUGCGACACAGGACAUCACGGCCGCACGGGCGGCCGCUGAGGGGGGACAGCACGCCGGCGCCGCCCGGAUCCUGGAUUCCCGGCUGAAGGCCAUGGAGCGGUCGGCGCCAGGGGCGGCCGGCGACCCGACGUGCGAGGCGAUCAAGGAGGAGCUGCGCGACCUGAGCUCGCGCGUGGGCAACCUGCGGGAGUACCAGAAGACGGGGCGCGCGCGGCUGCUGGCCGGCAUGAGCUCGCAUGCGCAGCAGCGCGCGUCGGCGUCCACGAGCACCAAGGCUCGGGCAUACCUGACUCCCAAGAUGGAGGAGAUGGUGAAGGUGUCGCGUAAGCAGAGCAGGAAGCGCGGCGGCAGCCAGCAGCCAUGGAGCCAGCUUAAACAGAUCAAGCAAGACGUGAGCGGCGAUUUCUGA